GCGACGCGAUCCCCUCUAUUCUUAGGAUUUUCUGAACGGACAGCGUGCGGGACUGAUCGUAUCGUACAAGACGUACGAAAGAAAAGAAAAGAAGAAAAGAAUUUAAUUCUUUGAUCGAUCGCUUUCCAAUAAAAAAAGGAACUUUUAACGUUUGUGCGAUUAAGUGAACGAUAUAUUUUUGACAUUUUCUGUGAUUUAAUAAAAUUUGACAUAGAACAAGAUGCCGGCCGACGUUGCAAUGGUAGAUGCCGGUGAAGUCGAAACGUUCGUUUUCCAAGCCGAAAUUGCUCAGUUGAUGAGCUUGAUCAUCAAUACUUUCUAUUCGAACAAAGAGAUCUUCAUCCGAGAAUUAAUUUCCAACGCAUCCGAUGCGUUGGACAAAAUUCGUUAUGAGUCCCUUACCGAGCCAUCAAAACUUGAUACUUGCAAAGAAUUAUUCAUCAAGAUUGUUCCUAAUAAGAAUGACCGUACGCUUACCAUUCUCGACUCCGGCUGUGGUAUGACUAAAGCUGAUCUUGUCAAUAAUUUAGGUACCAUAGCAAAGUCCGGUACUAAGGCUUUUAUGGAAGCUUUGCAGGCCGGAGCUGAUAUUUCUAUGAUUGGUCAAUUUGGUGUUGGCUUUUAUUCUGCAUACCUAGUAGCAGAUAAAGUUACUGUAAUUUCAAAACACAAUGACGAUGAACAAUAUUUAUGGGAAUCUUCUGCUGGUGGUUCCUUCAUAGUUCGCCCUGACAAUGGAGAACCUAUUGGACGAGGUACUAAAGUGAUCUUGCACAUCAAAGAAGAUCAGACCGAAUAUUUGGAAGAAGCAAAGAUUAAAGAGAUCGUCAAGAAACACUCGCAAUUUAUUGGCUAUCCAAUAAAAUUAGUCGUUGAAAAAGAGAGGGAUAAGGAAUUAAGUGAUGAUGAAGAAGAAGAGCCUUCGAAAGAAACUGAAAAUGAAGAUGACAAACCAAAAAUUGAAGAUGUUGGAGAAGAUGAAGAAGAGGACAAACCCAAAGAUGAAAAGAAAAAGAAGAAAAAGACUAUCAAGGAAAAAUAUACAGAGGAUGAAGAACUUAAUAAGACCAAACCAAUAUGGACAAGAAACCCAGAUGAUAUUACUCAAGAAGAAUACGGUGAAUUUUAUAAGAGCUUGACGAAUGAUUGGGAAGAUCAUUUGGCUGUAAAACAUUUCUCCGUUGAAGGUCAACUUGAAUUCAGAGCUUUGCUAUUCAUACCGCGAAGAGCACCAUUUGAUCUUUUUGAAAACAAAAAGAGAAAGAACAAUAUUAAAUUGUACGUGAGGAGAGUCUUCAUUAUGGACAAUUGCGAAGACCUAAUUCCGGAAUAUCUCAACUUCAUCAAAGGUGUUGUGGAUAGCGAAGAUCUUCCACUAAAUAUCUCUCGUGAAAUGUUACAACAGAAUAAGAUACUCAAAGUUAUCAGGAAGAACCUUGUAAAGAAAUGUUUGGAGCUUUUUGAGGAAUUAUCAGAGGAUAAGGAAAAUUAUAAGAAAUGUUACGAACAAUUCAGCAAAAAUUUGAAAUUGGGUAUUCACGAGGAUAGUCAAAACAGAAAGAAACUUUCGGAAUUACUGCGAUACAACACAUCUGCUUCGGGCGAUGAAAUGUGUUCACUUAAAGAUUAUGUUGGCCGUAUGAAGGAAAGUCAGAAACAUAUUUAUUACAUCACGGGAGAAAGCAAAGAACAAGUAGCCAAUAGUUCUUUCGUUGAACGCGUUAAGAAACGUGGCUUUGAAGUAGUGUACAUGACCGAGCCAAUUGAUGAAUACGUUGUGCAACAACUGAAAGAAUUUGAUGGAAAGCAAUUGAUCUCUGUCACUAAGGAAGGCUUGGAACUUCCAGAGGAUGAAGAAGAAAAGAAGAAGAGAGAAGAAGACAAGGCUAAAUUUGAAAAUCUUUGCAAAGUCAUGAAGGAUAUCCUCGACAAAAAAGUAGAAAAAGUAGUUGUCUCGAACAGGCUCGUUGAUUCGCCAUGCUGCAUUGUUACAUCUCAAUACGGCUGGACCGCAAACAUGGAAAGAAUAAUGAAAGCACAAGCUCUUCGUGACACAUCUACCAUGGGAUACAUGGCCGCGAAGAAACAUUUAGAAAUCAAUCCUGAUCAUCCUAUAAUGGAAAAUUUAAGACAAAAAGCAGAGGCUGAUAAACAUGACAAAUCUGUUAAAGACUUGGUAAUGCUUUUAUUUGAAACUGCCCUUCUUUCAUCAGGCUUUGCUCUUGAAGAUCCACAAGUACAUGCAUCGAGGAUAUACAGAAUGAUUAAAUUGGGUCUUGGCUUCGAUGACAAUGACACACCGAACGUAGAGGAAGAAAAGAUGGACACAGAAGUUCCCGCCCUUGAAGGAGAUGCCGAAGAAGCUUCGAGGAUGGAAGAAGUAGAUUAAUACUCUAUGUCUGAUAUAUUAACAUAAUACGCAAAGACUUUAGGAUGUAGAAAAAGACUGUUGCCGACUAAUUGUACCGAUAGUAUUCCGUUUUCUUUUUUUCUUUUUCUAUUUUUUGCCUUGUCAAGUCUUAUAACAAGACAGAGUGAGGUGUCAUGCUUUCUCUUCUUUUUUUUUUUUUAAGUGUGUGUUGUUGAGCUAAUUAGUAUACUCUUGGAAAAUAUGAGCUGAGAGUGCGUAAGUGUACAUUAGUUAUGUCUGCGUGUUUCUAGAGAUAAUUCGUAUUUGGGCCUGCCACUUGAUUCUGUCUAAAAAUUUCUUUAAAAAAAGAAAUAUUUUUUAUAUAUAAGCGAGGCAAUUUUGAUCUGUUCUUUUUAUCUUUCUGCUUUUUCAUUAUUAUAUUUUAUCAUUUUUCACUUUCGUCAUUCCGUGAUAAGACCAUAUAGAUUAAAUAUUUAAAACGUUGUAAGCAUAACAAUUUCAUCUGAAAUAAAAUGUCUUUAAAUUUAAAAA